AAACAUGGACAGGUGGUCCGAAUUUGAUUUGAUUGAUUUGUUAGCAGCGCCCUUUGAGUCGGCUGAGUUUGGCGUCUGCAAGACCGAAAGAAAGUAACAAAGCAAGUGAUUCGAGUGAUUUUAAUCUUCCGUUUUGUUCCAGAGUUAGUAACCCACUUUUGAGAAAAUGGACGACGGAGGACAACCUAGCAAUUCGUUUGGAAACGGUCAGCCGUCGCGGACUCCGCAGCACACUCGGCCCUUCUUCUACGUCCAGCCGGCCUCUCAACCCUACGUACCCAUGUACCAACACUGGCACUUAAACAACCCGUACAAUCCCUACGGCAUGCCUGGAGGCUACAACGUUGGCCGCCCCUAUGGGCAGCCCUACCCCUACAUGCAGUACCCGGGAUACGUACUCCCACAACAGAUGAUGCACCCGCUCGAUUACCGGAGGAUGUUCGAGCCGCGCUUCCACCCUCCCCCCUGGGCCGACAUGCCCCGCCCCCCCCAGCAGCCCCAGCAGUACCAGUACCCGCCCCCUCCCCCGUCGCCGCUCCGCAGGGAGAUGGCGUGCUCCGAGGUCCAGACGGACCCCAGCGACGCCAUCAACAAGCUCAUCGAGUGCCUGGGCAAGAUGCGCGGCGUGGAGCUGGGCGUGGCCGAGAGGGAGCUGGACUCGGGCGUCGGCUCCCAGACGUCCGGGAUCUUCUCGCCGGGGGAGGAGAAGAAGAGCGAUGAGGAAGGCGUGAGUCGUGCCGCCGUCUCCACCUCCUCUUCCUCCUCCUCCUCCUCGGGCGCCCAGCCGUCUCCCGGCGUGACGUUCAGCGACUCCACGACGGCGGUGUACGACGCCGAGUCGAGCCACCGCAGCCUGGAGGACCUGGGGACGCCGGGGGCGUGGUCUGUGGGCUUCGAGGAGCCGCCGCUGGACAGCUCGUCGGUUCGCGAGGAGACGCCGUCGGGAGCGCCGGAGCCGGCGGAGAAACGGGACCUGUUCGCCUUCUGUCUGCCCGGCCCGCUGCCCGACCGCGUGACGGUCGCCCCGCGGGGGGAAGAACGACCCACGGAGGUCGUGGACCGACGCUCCGACGGUGUGGCGCCCGUCGUCCUCGUCACCACCACCAGCGUCGACCUCGGGUCCGACCCGGAAGAACCUCUCCCGGAGACGGUAGCCGUCCUGCACCAAGCCCAGGAAGUGUGGUGUCCCACGGCCGUACCGGUAGAGGCCGAGGCGGACCUGAGCUACCGGAUCCUCAGGCUGCCCUUCGACCCGAGUGCCCCGUUCGCCGGAGACCUCCUGAGGAGCAGCCCGUCGAGCCGGGGGACGGAGCCGGCCCGCCUGGCCCCCGGCUGCCUCCCGUCCCCGGUGUCCCCUCUCUACUACGGCUACCUGCCCCGGCAGAGGACCCAGGAGCGCCUGAGCGUCCUCAGCCCCUCCCUGGAUGAGCUGUCCUCCCGCGACGAGAUGUUCUCCACCGACCUGGACGACAUGGACCUCUUCCCCCGGAGGGUGUACGCCAGCAGGAGGCCGGUGGCGUCCGGCCAUCGGACCACGGAGGAGGCGUGGCCCGCGGGCGCCAAGAGGUACUCCUGCGCCUGCUGCGGGAAGGGGCUGGCCAAGGCGGGGGGGCCGGCGGCGAGUCGGAGCAAAGGCAGCGACGUCAGGUCCUACCGGGACGAGACCGGGGACUCGGACGACGAGUGCCGCUACGCCCGGAGCCAGCCGGACCGAGCGGCCGCGAGGAAACCGGUCGCGGGAAGGAAGGCGGAGUCGGUCUCCCUGCGGCACGCCUCCUCGAAGCACCCCCACAAACGGAUCCAGUGCAAGGAGGGGUCGAGCGUGGCGGACGGCGAGGAGGGGCGGGACCGGCGCGUGGAGGACGGCGGGGAGACGGGGGACCUCACCAGCGGGGACCUGCAGUACAUCACAUGCCAGGACAAACUGUGUCGAGAGGACUUGACCACUGGCAGAUGGGAAGAAGAGCAGCCCAGAAGGAGACAACAAGGCCAACUGCAUAAACAAGAUAUGCAUAGAAAAGCCCCGAGCAAGAUGAUGCCAUGUCACAGGACCAGAGAAGAGGAGAGCAAGAAUGAGGAGCCGCCAUCAAGAUAUCGUUGGGAAAGAGGUACAGGCAAAGGAGAACCAAGAUGAUGAGUUUCAGAGAUUGAUAUUUUUGAACGGUUCCACUGACAGAAUCCACGGUGGUGAUAUCACUGGAGCAGAGAAACACAAGGCCUCCGGGAUGGGUGCUUGUUGAAGAGGAUGUGAGCACCUGGUGACACGCACGUCACACAAUAAAGUCUUGAUUUUGUUGGACACAAUAAAAUAUGUAUCGUUUGACUGCAGAAGGUCCACUGACACAACCCGAUGUAAUGCACUACAAGUUAUACACCUUCACACACUGGGAAUUGUUCUGAAUGCUUGUCUGUUACCGGCCUGUCUAAUAAAUCAUUUUCAUUACAUCCAA